AUGGUUCUUACAUCACACACAGCACCCUCGUGUUGGGCUUCGAGCAUAGGUACUGGGCAGCCCACGGAUGUGUUUCAUAUAAUAAAAUCCAGCAAAAACAUUAUGCCCCUAUGGGGAUUCGAACUGGAGAACGCCACUAAUCCACAAGGGCCCUCGAGAGAGUUCUUGUUGAGAGUCGCAGCGAGGCCACCUGAUCCCGCCCGAUCCCCAAUCUCCGACGGCGGCUAUGCUGGCCGGAAGAGAGGAGGGAGAGGUGCGUGGAGCUUUGUAUAUAAUCCAGCUAGUUCUUGGUUGAGUCUUCCCGUAGUGGAGUCUGGCGUUAUGCCGUGGCGUAGCGCGCCGCCGGCGCACGCGAGCUGCGCCCGGUGGCUAGCGGUGUCGUUCAUCAUGGUUGUGGCGGUGAGGUGCUGCGUGCAAUCGGAGAGAGCGACGCCGGCGACUCCUUCAAUAAGCUCGUCGUCUUCUCUGUGUUGGUGGGGGGCGGCUGCUUGUCUCCUUCCUCUGUUGCCGCCAUGGAGACGGAUGGAGCGAGGAUGA